AUGGGUACGAGGCCACUGAACCAGGAAAUCUGGGCAGUUUACAAGAUGCCAUGUGCGUUUCUCGGGCAUCUCUUUCCCCAUCCCGAUUUACCGAUGCUGCAUACCGAGAGUUUAAAAAAAAUGGCCAGAAGAGCAGGUGAUGACGCGAGCAUACGGGCUGAGAUCAUGUCCAUCAUUGCUGGCGAAGGAAGGAAACAGCAUUGCUAUGCGUCCGACCGCCUCUUCGACCACAUGGCGCCCCUGGCCGAUGAUCUACCCACUCCGAAACCAGAGUUGUAUGACGGCGCGUUGCCGCAACAAAUCGAUCGACGUGUCCGCCGUGAUCUCGGAAAGCACAUUGUCCCAUGCAACAACGGCUCUCUGCCGGCCGCGCCCAACUUCAACAACACCUCUCUGCCUAUCGUGCCCAACUUUUUCAUCGAGGGAAAGAGUGAGGGAGGUCGUGCUGACGUCGCAAAGCGGCAAGCCUGUCAUGACGGGGCGGUUGGCGCCCGGGCAAUGCACAGUCUGCAGAAUUAUCUAUCGGCAGAACCCACGUAUGAUGGCAACGCCUACAGCUACUCCAGCACCUACUAUCAAAGCACUGCCACGCUGCAACUCUACGCUCACCAUCUGACGGCGCCUGAGGCCCCUGGAGAACCUCCCGAGUAUCACAUGACUCAACUGGGUGCAUAUGCCAUGACCAACAAUAUCGCUACUUUCAGACAGGGAGCCAGGGGUUUCCGCCAUCUCCGGGACCGUGCUAAAAUCCAUCGGGAUGCUUUCAUUGACCACGCAAAUCUAGUAGCUACUGCCCGAGGCGCACCUGGCGGGACAGCGUCUACCACAUCAACCAAUAGAAAUAGCCGUACAUCCCUCUCAGUGCUCCAGGAAGACGAAGACGAUGGCCGUACAUCCCUCUCAGCGCUCCAGGAAGACGAAUCUGAAUCCGAAUCCGAAUCUGAUACUUCGACCGACGAGCUCGCCGCCGAGGAUACGGAUACGACUGCCAAGCACACGAGACAUGCCACUGGUGAGAAAUCAAGGCUCGCUUCUAUUCCAACCAGGGAAGCGGCCGAACAGACCUUCUCUUAG